AUGCCAAAAUCCAUCCAAUUCAUCGUUCUAGUAAUUGCAAAACAUGAAGCUGCACUGUUGAAGGGAAUAAUGGAUAUCCUUCUGAUGGCAAGCCAUACAUUUUUCGGGACGUUACGUGUAUCACAUUUUCUCGAAGACUUCUUUUCGCGUUAUCAGCACUACUUCAUAGCGACGUGGUGUUUCAAUGAAAUUUAUGUGUCAAUAUUUCUACGAUGUUUCGGUGUAUUACUGAUCUCAUUCCAAAGGUACAUUACCAUAUGCAGAAAUGAAUGGAAAAUUGAGCAGGUAAUUAAUAGAUCCCAUCGAUGGGUUCUACCAUUUUUGCAGUGGACUGUACCAUUACUCUAUUCAAUCCCUCUUCUCGUUACAGCCAAUGCAAGCUUCAGGAUUAGAAAGAAUGUUGAGGUGGUAGUACGAAGGCAAGUUAUUACGCUUGCUACUUCCAUGGCCGUUUUUUUCGUCUCCACUACUUUCACCCUGUGCUGCCUAUGCUAUGGUGCUAUAUUGAGAUUUCUGAUCAAGAACCGAUACAGUGAAAACCUUGCUAUUAAACGAGAGCGUCGACUGUACAUGCAGAUGAUGGGGCUUUUUAUCGGAUUUGUCCUGUUCUUUAUCUACAGUACUAUGCAGUUCACAUUUUCUUUACAAAUCAAUGAUUCUUCUAUUUACGCAAUGAGGAUCGUAUAUCCACUGAUUAGCUGCUUCUUCUCCUAUGUAAACGCUUGGACGAUGUUUAUACUUAAUGGCGACAAUUCGGCAUAA